AUGGGCGUCCGCGGACUCACGCGCUACUGCCAGCAGCACGAGGCGGCCACGUCCGAGGACGUGUCGGACCUGCGCGACGUGACGCUGGCCGUGGACUUCGUGGGCUUCCUCUUCCACCUGUGCGACGAGCUGUUCCGCGCGAGCGGCGCGUCGGCCUCGUGGCUGCUGCUGGGCGGCUGCCCGCUGCGUCUGGAGCGCCACGUGGACGCGUGGCUGCGCAGGCUGCGCGCGCGCAACGUGCGCCUCGUGUUCGUGACGGACCCGCCGCAGUGCUUCGGCGGCGAGAGCCACCGCAAGGGCCACUGCCUGCAGGACCGCGCGCAGCAGAAGAGGGCGCAGAUCGAGCAGCUCGGCCGCAGCCUCGAGACGACAAUCGUUGGUGCCCAGGAGGCUGCAACUUCUGGCACUCCCGGGACUGCAGCUCCAGCUCCAGCUUCGACGGACUCGAGGGAGUCGAGCCCCAGCGCCAGCCCGCACCAGAAGGACCGCGUGGCCAAGACGCUGCUGCAGACCAACGGCCGCUUCCCGUUCGCCAGGGAGAAGCUGCGCGGCGUGCUCAAGAAGCAUGGGAUCGGCAUCCAGACGGCCAGGCGCGAGGCGGACGAGGAGCUGGGCGAGCUCGUGAGAGCGGGCCAGGCCUACGCCGUGCUGGCCGAGGACUCGGACUUUCUGGUCAUGAGCGGCGUCAAGUACAUUCCCUUUGGAAAGUUGAGCUUCUAUGAGGACGAAGAAGGGGGGGCCAAGGUACGCGCGAGGGUUUUUUCGUCGGAGCUGGUGGCCGAGUCUCUUGGCCUUGAAGUGGAGCAGCUCGUGGACCUAGCGCUCAUCUGCGGCAACGACUUCACGUCGCUGCUGGACAACGAAUAUGGUAUGGCAGACAUGCUGGACUUCCCUGUGCAGAGGACACAGGCCGGCAGCUCGCUGUACCCCGCGGCUGCAGCCAGGUGGGUGGCGGAGCACUUGCCGACGCUCGAGAACCCUUUCCUGACGCAGAUUGAGGAGAAGAAGGAGGGCUUCUUGCGCGCGUUGUUCGAGAUUUAUCGAUUCUAUGGACAUGGUAAAGCUUUCUUGAAGAGAUUCCCGAUGAAGAUCGAGCCGAUCCUGCCCAACAAGAAGGUGAAGCUCUACAAGAAGCUGAUCGAGCAGUACGAGUACCCGCCCGUGUCGAUUGAUGUGUUGGAAGCGAAAGUUCGGGGGUUGAGUCAGAGGUUUGACCCGUUGAAGUCGGUCCCUGGCCAUGAAGACAAGUCGCUGGAUGAACUGCAAGCGCCGGUGCGACGCUUGUCCUACUUGGUGCUGGACUCGCCAGUGGUGCAAGAGUGCAUAUUGGACAAAGCAGUCGAAGUUCACGUUGCGCCCUUGCCAUGUCUUCGUCCCUUCAUGUCAAUUCCAGUGCAAGGACGCUCUGCUAGGGCGGUAGACCGGAUGCUUCGAUCUUUGGUGUUUGUGUUGCUGUACCAAGAUCCCGAUGGAGGAACCCCCAAGGCAGGACAGCUAGCUGGUAUGCUGGGCAAGACAGACAAGCGAGGGCUUGCAGUGAAGAAUAUUGUGUAUGCUUUGCUGGUCUUGUGGAAACGAGAUCGCACGUACUUGGCCAAUGCUUGUUUGCUGGAUGAUCGCCUGUUGGAGUUGCUGCUGCUGACGUCAUUGGUUUCGCUCUCCGUGGAUUCUUCCAAGCAAAAGUCACCUUCAACAGAACCUGUAUCGUUUGAUGAGCAGCUGCUGACUAUGGAGGUUUACGCGGCUGUGGGUGGAUAUCUGGAGAUACUAAAGCAGCUUCAUCAGUUGCGUCUUGUGAUGGGAAACAAGCUGCCUCAGAACGCUGGCUGUGCAACACUUUUCUCGGGUGAGGUGUUUGUUCAGAUUUGCCGCAUCAUGUUGCAGCAUGAUACUAACGCUGAAUCAAAGUCGAAAAAGCCUGCAAAGAGUGCAUCCGGGUUUACACGGAAGGAAGUGGAGCCGGUGGUGAAAGCUUUUGCCGAGAUUCCUGACAGCAACCUCUUCUGGACCCAAUUCACGUACGUUCGCGCUACGAUGCAGCGCAUGAAAGCGUUGAUCGUACUUCCAGCUGAUCUUGCAGGUGCUGCCGUUGAAAGCAAGAGCGCUGCACUUAAAGCGCUGGAGAAUGCUAUGGUGCAGAAUGCUGCCAGUGAUACUUCGGCGCCUUCCCCGCCAGCACCAGUUGCACCGCCGCUGCCGCCAGCCCCGCCGUUGCCGUCUGACAAUCGGUUUGUGCUACCACUACCGCCUGGACCACCCACAAAGCUCCAGGCUUCAGCGCCGGCAUUUAGCCCUCGCUCAGUAAAGGGGUUGAUGCCUGCCUCUGUCGCCAAACGGCUAGGCACUGAUAGUGCGGUCCGCCAAGGUGGUUCAAUUCCCGAGGCUGAGCCGAAAAAGCCUGUGAGUCUGAAGGGAUUGAUGAAGACGCUACCAGUAUUUGCUCAUCGUGAGGAGAUUUUGGAGAACGUUGCAGACAAUCAGCUGACGAUUAUUCAAGGCGAGACUGGCUGCGGCAAGAGCACGUCUGUGCCUCAGUUUUUGUACGACUCGUGGGCUCGAGACCGGGCUGCUAGCGAGCGUUCAGUGAACAUCUACGUCACGCAGCCGCGGCGAAUCGCUGCGAUCGAGCUUGCCAAUACUGUGGCGAAGAUGCGCGAAGGGAACGAGUUUGAGGAGGACGGCCAAGUAGGCAAAGUCAUUGGCUACAGGAUUGGGCAGAAACAAAUGACUUCCAGCAAGACCAAGAUCACCUACGUCACGACAGGAUACAUGGUCGAGCGUAUCAUCCACGAUCCGGAGGCUUUGAGCAAGAUUACUCACUUGAUGCUGGAUGAAGUUCACGAGCGCAGUAUGGAUGUUGACCUGUUGCUGCUGCUGCUGAAGUUGCAGCUAAAGGAGCACCCUCACCUCCGCUUAGUGAUCAUGUCAGCCACAAUGGAUGCACAGAUUCUGAUUAAAUACCUCGGCAAGGCGCUUUCGACGCGGUUAGUCAGCAGGAAGCCUCUCUUCGUUGGUUCGAAGUUGUUCCCAGUGAAGAACGUGUACCUGGACGAACUUUCUUCGUGGUUCCCAAGUUUGUGGCAGCGUUGUCAAAAGGAGAUGGUGCUCAUGAGAGACCAGUAUCAACUUCUUGCGCAAACUGGCCAAAAUGCCACUAGUCAAAUGGCAAAGAAGGCGAUCUCGAAGAUUCACGAGAAGCAGUUGGUUGUUAUCGAGGAAAUGGUGAGGUCGCUCAUUGAGAGCCACCGCUACCAGACUGGAUCGCAGUGCAUUCUCAUCUUCCUCCCUGGCAUCGGCAGUAUCAACUCACUGUACGAUACGUUGAGCCUUCUUGCGAUGGGAGCGGGAGGCCAGAAUGUCCAAGUCCUCGUGCUUCACUCCGGUAUCGAGCUGGAGCAUCAGCAGGAAGCAUUCAAAUUGCUGGGUGAGAGGUCGACGAAGAUUAUUCUGUCCACGAACAUUGCCGAGAGCAGUGUCACCAUUCCGGAUGUGACUCAUGUGAUCAAUUGUGCCAUCGAGAAGCAGAUCGAGAUGCCCAAUGCGGGCAGCUCACACGCUGAGGUUCUCGUCGACACAUGGUGCUCGCGUGCCUCAGCUCUCCAACGUUCUGGACGAGCUGGACGAGUUAUGCCUGGUACAGCGUUCCAUUUGUUCACCGACGCAUUCCGCGACCGCUGUAUGGCUGAGUACAACACGCCGGAACUGCUGCGAAAACCACUUGAUCGAAUCGUCCUGCAGCUGAAGGGGCGGUUGAACCAGUUUGGAGUUCCCAGCGCGCUUCUCCGCCAAGCCAUGGAUGCCCCGGAUCUCUCGCACAUCGACGGAGCGUACAAGCUGCUGUCGUCUUUCGAUGCCAUUGACUCGGGGGAGGAAGAGGAUUGUCGCCUGACGAAGUUCGGGUCGUUCGUCUGUCAGUUGCCGCUCAGCCUUGAGCUGUGCCGGCUGUUAAUGACGGGUGCCUACAUGGUUCAAGACAACACCAGCAAGGGCGAGUCGUGGCCGCUGCUGCUGAACGUCGUUGUGCUGGUGGCAAUCCUUGCCGUGCCGGACUUGUUUGUGAUGCCCUCGUUCUACCACGCGCAGUCGGCGCAGACGUAUCUGAAGGAGAUGAAGAAGAACCUCAAGGCUAAACUGAAGUUGGAUGAUGGCAUGUGGAGUGAGCCGCUGUCGAUUUGGCUGUUCUACAUGAAGACGAUGAGCGAGCAGUCUGUGAACGUGAAGCGCAACUUGAAUGGCGUGUUCCACAAGAUGUCGAUCUCAGCUCGCCGGUACCAGACGCUGAACUUCUUGAUCUCGGAUCUCUGUGCGCGAUUGAUUUCACUGUCGAAGAACAAAACGGGCGAAUUCAACCAACUCUUGGACGCCAAGACGGUGAUCAUGUUGUCGAAGCUGGACGGCUACGCGAGCUCGCAGCGGAUGGACAAGCAGCUUCUUCAGUUCGCGCGCGAUACUGUGACUGGAAAGCGAGAUGAAGUCCGCAUUCUGCGCUUCUUAAUCGUGCAGAACUACGGCGAGCACCUGAUCGGAAGCACACGGUCCAAGCCGCCCAACUUCGCGGACGAUGACCUUGACGGCACUGAUCGCGUGGAUCUGAAGGUGGACAGGGAAGAUGCCGGGAUGUUCUUGUCGCUGUCGAACAGGGACAAAGCCACACUGUUCAACCAGCUCGCUAGCAGCGCGAACCCACUGGACGAGCUCGCAGCUCUUGCUCACGAGCACAACAUCGUGUCCAUUUACUCGUACAGCACGCCUCGGAACCAGGAGAGCGAAGACGAAGAGAACUCGUUCAGUGAGAUUUCGAAGGACGCCGUCUCAAGGAUGAGCUUCCCCUUAUCGUUGGUUUACUACAUUCGCGGCGAGAAGUUCCCGGUGAAUCUGGGCAUGCGCCCCAAUCCUGAGGAACGCGAGCUCGCGUUCAAGUUCCGAGUGUCCGGCAGUAACUCGUGCGACCUGACGUGGCAACAGCAGAGGGAUAACGUCAAGGCAUCAACCGGCAACCGCAGCUUGUUUUCGCUACCGAUUCGCCCACUCAAGACGAAAACGAAAAAGGGCAAGGAACCGAAGCUCUUGGCGGUGUACGCAGAUCGCCUGUUCACCGGAGACGAGACCAGGAUGUGGUGCACCAACUGCACGCUGCUGCCUCCGAACAGCGUGUGCUACUACCCGAUCAUGCUGCUGGUCACCGCUCCUCGCCACGCGAACAUUCAGCUCCACAUGGAUGCUGCUGCUGGAGAGAUUCUUCUCGUCAAGGUGGGGGCGCAGGACGCAGUAUUCCCGCGCAAGAUGGCCCUGAAGGUGGAGGUGCUGGCGACAGUCAACGCUGUUCGAGCUGCAUUGUCCGAUGCUCUGAAUGCGACUGUAGGGGCUAGACGCGUAUGCACCUCGGACCUACUUGCACUGUCGGAUGACUCGGCUUUCGUGACGAAGGAGAGCAAGGCCAACGCCGGCCGAUGCAGGUGGCAGCGCUUGGCCAUGAACGAGCCCGACAAGGCGACGUUGGCGGAAGGAGAGACCCCGGCGCGCUUCCCGCAGCUCUACAUGGCCUAGGUAUGUGUUGUGAUGGUGCUUUCUGAUUGUAACUCGAUCUGUGCGUGGAAUUGUCGACAGUGAGGUCAAGUAAUCAAUCUAUCGUCUAUUGCCAAUUUCA